CAUUGUUGGAAGUGCCUGAAGCCCUUGUCAAACGUAGUCCGAUGGUUUUGCGUCAGCUGACAAUAGGCCAUCAAGGAGGAAAGAUCUCUUUGUGCCCCACAACUGGUUACGUCAACUGUUACCAAAACAACUCCUUCGAGAACGAUGAAAGAGGUACAAAUAGCACAGUGGCUCAUAUUGGCUAAUUGCUGUCUGGUCGCUUUCUCAUUGCCAAGACCCAACGACCCUUGUGCAGGAUUACCGCUAUGCCGACGCAAGGGUGAGGCAGCUCCUCCAAAGAGAAGGCUCACCCCCAAACAACCCUCACUGCCAGUGUCAGAACCAGACACGGACACGCCCACUCUAACUGCUAAUGACGGGGCCCAAAUCGUCUCGGCCGUCUCGUUGCCCAAUGAGGAAACCAAGUCCCCCAAAUCCCCACGUCCCCCUACUCGAAGAACUUUAACUCGACCCACGAGUGUGAAUAAUGCGGAAGUUUCGGACUCGGCGUGCGCAGGGCUAAUCCUUUGUAAGUUGUCCAAAGAUACACCAUCCUCUGGAAAUAGGGUUCGCCGGCCCCCUUUGGUACGUGGAACCACCACUCGAGCCCCUUUGGUCCCUGACGAGCCCCAAGAUUUGGGGUUCUUCAGUGAAUCUCUCAUGUCCGCCGUGUUGAACAAUCAUCUGGAAGAGGCCAAGCUUCUCAUCGAACAAGGCAGUGAUGUCAACGCCGAGGAUGUUCAUGGCAAUAGCGUCCUUCAUAUCGCCGCUCAAAAUGGACGGACGGACAUCAUUGACGACUUGGUUCUCAAUGAUGCUGAUGUCAACAAGGGUAAUAACCAUAAGAACACAGCUCUGCACCUUGCCGCUCAGAAUGGAUGGACCGAGAUUGCGGAGAAGCUCCUCAAGCAUAGACGGAUCAAGGUGAACUUUGCGGAUUUCCAUGGCAACACUGCCUUGCAUCUGGCUGCUCAGAAUGGCCAAUUGGGCGUGACCAGACAUUUGAUUGAGGCUGAAGCUGAUCUAGACCGAAAGAACACCCAUCGCCAUGUUCCUUUGCAUUUGGCUGCCCAAAAUGGCCAUUUUGAAUUGUCGCAACUUCUAGCUGCGGCUGGAGCCAAUCCAAAUUCAAAAGAUCUUCAAGGAAAUACACCCCUGCACACGGCAUAUCACACAUCGCAUUCGCAGAUUGCUCAGAUGCUGAUUGGUUAUGGUGCGGAUCCUAAUGCCAAAAAUCUCUCUGGUCUUCAACCGGCUCAAUUGGCUGGAUAGAGCUGCCAAAAAUACUCCAUGAAAGAUCCAAAAUGUAAUUGUCCAAGAACCAUUUGAGCUUUCAUUAUUGGCAAAGAUAUAAACCUAUUGGAAUUUUAA